AUGAGGUUAGUUAAAUUAGCUCUAUAAUCGUAGAAAUGCUUAUUGAUAUCAUUUACAUUAGGAGUUGUCUCUGCAAUAUUCUUGUUCACAACAUAUGACUCCUACCUAGAUGACUAUUUAUAUCUUUAAAAUAUUGAUAAUCAAAGUAAACUGGAAUUCAGCAAUUUCUUGGCUUCGAACUUAAAGAAUUACUAAGAUCUUUAGACAUUCGUCUAGAGACUUAAGAUCUUCAUUGAUAACAAGUCCUUUAUCUAGAAAUCUAACAAAGAAAACAAAGACUUCCAGCUUAUUUAAAAUUAUUUCUCUGAUCAAACUGAAUAGGAAUACAAACAAACACUAACACUUAAAACCUAGAAAAAUGUAAAAAAUAUUAAAAAGAUCGAGCAAGUAGUUGAUCAGUUAAAAAAUCUAGGAAAUACUAACGCAUUUAAAACUAUUAGCAAAGCUAUGCCACAAUCUUUAGAUUGGAGGUAUUCAAAUAUAGUCACAGCUAUAAAAAACUAAGGUUCUUGUGGCUCUUGCUAUGCAUUUGCAUCUACAGCUUCAUUAGAGAGUUUGCUUCUAUUGCAGGACAAAAACAAAUUUAAAGGUAUAGACUUAUCUGAGCAACAGCUCCUUGAUUGUUCGGAUAAUUAUUAUGGAAAUUCUGGAUGCAGAGGCGGAGAUAUGUACUACGCUUUUGCCUAUCUGAAAUAAAACAAAAUAUAGAGUGAAUCUACUUAUCCCUAUAUUGGUAAAGACUCUCUUUGCAGAUAUGAUGCCAAUAAGGGUAUCAUUAAUAUAAAGGGUUAGAUUUAUUUUUCUACAGACAACACUACACUAAUUAAGGAGUAAGUGCUUAAAGGUCCUAUCACUGUUGGAAUGGAUGCCUCAUCACCUUAUUUCAGAUAAUACUCAAGUGGAAUAAUUACAACAACAAAAUGUGGUACAUCAUUAAAUCAUGCUGUGAUAAUAAUAGGUUAUGGAUUAGAUAAGGGCUUAGAAUAUUGGAUAAUAAAGAAUUAGUAUGGAACUAGAUGGGGCGAGAGAGGAUUUGCUAGAAUAAAAAUGUAAAAUGGUUAAGGAAUAUGUGGAUUAAAUUAAUAUAUAGUCAUCCCAGUACUCAAUUGA